AUUGUUAAUAAUAUCAUGUUUCUACGGAAUUUAUUAAAUCGAUAACUGUAUUAGCUCCACGGAUUAGUGAUCGUGUGGAUUGCAUUAUGGCUAGUCCAAAUCCAGAUAACGAUGCAGCUUCCAUAUUUGUUCAAAAAGAUGACAACAAGGAAAGGAAUUUAAAAAGUCCAGAAAGAGGUGAUACAUCGUCACGAACAAACUCUACUGUCAAACCAAGCAAACCAGCGGAAAUAAUUACGGUUAAAGACUUCUUCGAUUUUAUGAAAACGGCCUAUCAAGUCUAUGAGCAUUUAGAAGGCAAUGAAGGCGAGGCAAAAAUAAACUGGGAGGCACUUACUAAAUUGACCGUCAUAAAUCAUGUUAUAGAACCGCAGGAGAGAGAACUGUUAAGGAACACGGCACAUACAGAGCAAAAGCCAAUAACUAGUAAAAGCGAUACAGCUUUAGAAAAGAAAACUAACGAAAUAGUGCGAUUAGAAAAACGGUUUAGUUACAAUGAUAUCGAAAGCAAAAAACGUUCUAUUCAUGGGGAAAUCAAAGUAGAGAUGCUUGGGGCCUGGACUGAGGCCAAUUUAAAUUGUAAAUUAAACGAUGUAAUCAACGAAGGAAUUUUAGACUCCAUUUUACCCUACUUAGUUGGAUAUAAAAAACCGUCAAAAACUACAAGCGUUUAUACGCCUAUUAUUAAAAAAUCCAACAAUGAAUCGGAUGUAAAAAAACCUGCUAGUUUUGGAGGCUUCGUGCAUGAAAAAGAGUCUAAAGAUCGAUUAGGAAGACGUAAAUCUUCUAUAAUCGCAAUUCAAGAAAAACUGAAUCAAAGGCAUGAGGGGGACGUUGAAAUUCACGUUUGCGACGAAGUAAAAGGUUUGAAGAAAGAUUUUAAGUGUCCUCAGAAAUUACUCGUGUCCAAAAUGGGUUAUUUCGCUGACGUUACUGCUGGCCAGAAGCUGGAGGAUAUGGAUAUAUCAGUACAUUGUGAUAUACAGAUCUUCGAUUGGCUUAUGAGAUGGGUGAAAAGAGAUACCAUUCUCGUCGCCGAUUGGCCACUCUUGGACCCUCAUAAUGUUGUACCCAUACUCGUGUCGGCAUCAUUUCUUCAGAUGGAGCCACUUCUGCACGAUUGCUUGAUAUACUGCCACGCGCACAUGAACGACAUCGUUAAAACGUCCACCAAUCUUGCUUGUUUGAGCGACGUUCUUCUAACCAGGCUGGCAGCAAUGUACACGAACGCAGAGCUGGAAGCUGUGCGCGACCGACGCGACAAGAUCCAGUCGAGACUGUACUGCAAACUGAUACUCUCACUGGCCGAGCCAGUGCCGGAGACCCUUCGCGGACACUACGCCACCCUCGCCACACUGUUCAAAUGCACAAAAUGCAACAAGCUGCUAGGACGUAACGUGGCGGAGCAAGUCCCCUGCCAGCCAUCCAGUAUGAGGAUUGAUCGCCGCGGUAACGUUGUUUCCGCGCACGCCAAAGAUCUUUCUUGGAGCCUGAACGAGUACAUAACGUGGCUGUACGGCGAACUGCGGUCGUGGCGUCGCGUCUACUGGCGCUUGUGGGCUGAUUGUCAUUUCCUACGAUGUCAGCUGUGCGACACUUACUUCCCCGUCUAUCAGAUGGAGUGGUGCUCGUAUCAUGAACAGAGCGCUGCGCUGGUGGCGGGCGACGCGGCGGCCGGCCGCUACCCCUGCUGCGGGCAGCGUGCCUACCGCUUUGAAACUCUACCCCGUAACACUGGUUGCCAGUUCCGCGAGCACGUGCCGGAGGAGCGCAAUGCGGGCGAGGCGGAUGUGGUUGCGCUGUACGCGCGCUUCCGCGACCUCAUCGCCAUGCGGCCGCCGCACCUCGUCUACCCCGAGCGACUCACCAGAUUCGUAGCCAGAGAGCCAAAUGAAGAGAACAGCGGUCGUUUGCAAUGUAGGGAAGUGUUCUGGUGGGAGGGAAUUCAGCUGGUGCCACCUCGACAGCCUCUGGGGCUGCUGGGAAAGCUCUACACAAGCAACACUAAGUUUAACCCGAGCAUUCGUCCCGGCUCUCCGACUGUCGCCAAGACACAGUCGCCGCCUCAAAGCAUCGGCGGAACCAGCAGAGCCAGCACUGUAUCGUCUUGCCUCUCUGACCAGCGUGAGCUUAAGGCAAAGCUAAUAUCCGAAUCCGGCCCCAAGAUCAAGGUAAGUAAGAAGAAACCGAACCAGAACCCGAUUUUGGACAUCGGAUGUUUGCGGUGGAAUUUGACGUUUUUUGUUGUUUAUGGUAUCCUACAUUUGAGAAAUUACCGUGUUGACGUGCAUGUUGAUGCGAAGCAAGGCACGUCCGGGUGCGGCGACGUGUCGGGCUGCGUGAGGGGGGCUAGCGUGCGCGACAGCUCGGCGGGUAGCGAACAGAGCGCCAGCUCAGACAGCGACAGCGCCAACAGCGAUGAGGAUCGCCCGCCGCGCCGCCCGCCACCUGUCACGCCUGCAAGGACUAAGAAGGGGCGCGUGGUGGGUCGUCAGUGGCUAUCGUCCGUGUCAGCGCGCAGCAAUCAAGACGGGCAGCGACGAUACGAGGAACGCGCCGCCGCUCAGAUGCGCACCGCGCUCGCCCGCCGCCACGCGCAGCUCGUGCGGCCUAAGCCCACGCCAGGCGGUGUGUACGCGCGUCUGGAGGCAGAGUGGCGGGAAAAGUUCGCGCCACGACCGCGCGUUGCCGUCUCGGCACGGCCGCGCCCACCAGUCACAAAAUAUAAAUGAAAAUAUUCCGAAAUAUGUAAAAAAACAUU